GUUCCGCCUGCCGCCGGUUUGCGAACUGGAUAAAGCUGAGGCCGCUCUUUCAGUAGCCCCAGGAUACAAAAAAAAAAAAAACUUUUUUCUGAAAUCUCCAAAUCCAAAUCCAAAACUUGACUUGAUAAGAAAAUGUCGCUUUUUUCCAAUUUUUUGGAGACCGCGCGAUCGCACACGCUGGAGUUCGUUGAUUCCUUUAAGGAAGAAUCCGCUCAGUUACAGAAGGAGAUCGGAAACCAGCUUGAGGCAAUUAGCCACAAGCUCCCUGUUCCUGUUGUUGGAGGCGCAAAUAAUGGAAAAAGAGAUGGAGGAGCAGUAGAAGGACUAGAAGGUGAAGAGAAUGACGAAAAAGAAGCAGGACUAGCAGAAGAAGGAGAACGAGAAGGAAUAAUAGAACAAAAUCAAAAUCUAAAUUGUGAUGUUGAGGAGCAUCAAGAAAGUGCUGGUCCUGUCUUGCUUGAAAAAGAAGAUCAUCUAGUUGUGCUACAACUGCCAGAGUCAUACCUACCAGAUAUAAAGAAGGGUGAAGAAAAUCACACGAAAAGCCCUCAAACGGCAAGAAGUAGAAAUGGAUUACCUGACGCAUCAGCGAGUUCUUCAGGUGAGCCUGCUAGUGCUGGACUUGGAAAAAAUGAUGCCGAUGAGGUGAACAUCGCGAAAACGGCAGAUCAUCGUGGAGCUCCAGCUCCCGGAGAAAAAGGAAUAAAGAUUCUAGAGCCUCAAUUGUCAUGGUCAUCUUCAGCUUUUUCUCGAGGUACUUCAUCGCCAAUAAUAUCUAGUACCCGAACCGUUUUGCUGGAACGCAUAAAAGAACGAAUCGCCGAUCUGCAGCACAGCGACGCCACUUAUCUUGACCCCCUGUCAGCGGAUGAAGACGAGGAGUUCAAUGUCAAUUUUCUCCAGAACGGAAACGGUAACGGUUCACUAGAGUCUAGUCUUCGCCAUCUUAAGGGGGACAACCUACUAGAGGCUCUGAUCUCAACUUGGGAAAAGAAUCCAGUGGUCUCCGCCAAAUUCAGGACCUUAAUCCUGGCAGCCGAGAUACCUCUAGCAUCCCGUGAUGAGUUCUGGCGACGCUAUUUGUAUCGCUUGAAUCGAUUGCGACUGCAGGAACAAGCGAGAUGUGGUCUUGAAGUAGGAUAUAAUGGUGUAGAACUAGACAAACUUUUCAGUCCUGCUACAACCAGCGUCGAUGCGACCUGUUUGGAUAAUGUCGUUGACUUAGGUAACAAUGGCGACGCUGACAUUCCCGAAGUGCUCACCUGAAAAAAGGAGAAGGCAUGGAAGGCAGAGAGGAUUAUACGGAGAACGUGACCUCCAGG